GAUACACCGUGUUUCAUAAAUUCAUACACGUCAUUUUAGAUACAAAAUUAGAUAUUUUCAUUUGAUAAAACCGAAAGAAAUAAUAAACUUUUUCUUUCUUGUUCUCAUUUUAAGUCUCUCUUUAUAUCACUUUCUAUAUAUAUUGAAUCAUGCAAGGAAUACACAUAAAAUACUUGUGUUCUUGUACUUGUUUGGUGACUCAAGCAAGACUCCCAAGCUAUGGCGGAGAAGGUAGUGAUGAUGAAAUUGAAAGUGGAUCUAAACUGUUCCAAAUGCUACAAAAAGGUCAAGAAAGCUAUCCGCAAAUUCCCUCAAAUAACAGACGAAUUGUUUGAUGAGAAGUCCAACACGAUCAUCAUCAAAGUAGUUUGUUACGAUCCUGAGAGGCUAAUGAACAAACUUUGCUACAAAGGAGACGGUUCUAUCAAGUCCAUCGUGAUCCUUGAGCCACCCAAACCGCCUCAACCCCAGCCUCAACCACCUCAGAAGCCUACUGCCCCAGCCCCAGCCCCAGCCCAAGCCCAAGCCCCAGCUCUUGUUCGGCCGGCUCCGGUUCCUGUUCUUGUUUCGUCUUCCGCUCCUCAACCGAUGCCGAUGUGGCAGCCGUAUCAUUGUGGGCCGUAUUACGAGGCCCAACAGUACCAAUGUUAUGGAAGGCCCGUUUACGAGAGCUGGGGAGGUGGACGACAAUGUUGCCACGAAGAUAUGAACUCUCAAGGAUGCUCCAUCAUGUGAAACACUGAACCAAGUCUCCUCCUACUCAUAUAUAGACUAUAGUAUAUACCAGCAAAUAAAUAACUACACGAAGUUAUUUUUAAUUGUCUUCGUCUUACCAGUAUUUCUAUUUCGAGUCCUCGUUUAUGUAUGUAAACACUACAGGGUUUUGUUUCUUGUGUAUAUCACGUUUUGGUUCUAAUACAACUUUUAUUUGCUCUUCUUUUCUUGGUAGUAAAAUACAAAUAGUAAGAUUUUUCGCAUAAAAAUAUAGUUUCUGUUAGAAAAUAAAAGUAUAUUAGCACGAAAGAAUGGAAACUAAA